GACGCGCGCGCCGGGGUGAGCGGGCUGCGCCGCCGUCACCGCCGCCGCGCCGACUUUGCCCUUUAAAUCAGUCUCCAAGCCGAUUACAGCUGAUCUCCCACGUGACGUUUUACCUUCUGUCUCCCAGAGCGAGUUGCCCGAGGACAGUUCUCCUCAGGCUGCCGCGCGUCGCGCCGCCCCAGCCCGCCGCGGGGGCUCGGGCUCCCGCAACUUUGGGCGAAGCUGCAGCCGCCAGGCGCCCUCACAGGACCACUCUCCACGCGGGCGUCGGGGGUUUCCCGCGGCUUCGCCCGGCCGGGAGGGCGGCGGUCGGGGCGGACAAGGUGCCCCGGCCGCAGCCCGGCGCCCCUAGGACCAGCGCGGCGCCGCGCCCCGGAGGCCGACGGGGUGCCCUGUGCGCGGCGACAGGAAAGGGGGCGCCCUUCGCCGUCGAGAGCCGAGCGGGCGCGCCCUCAGAGGACCCGCGGGAGAUGGCCGCGAGGCAGGGGUGAGCCCCCCGCGCCCUCACCAUGCAGAAGAGCGUGCGCUACAACGAGGGGCACGCCCUGUACCUGGCCUUCCUGGCCCGCAAAGAAGGCACCAAGCGCGGCUUCCUGAGCAAGAAGGCGGCCGAGGCGAGCCGCUGGCACGAAAAGUGGUUCGCCCUCUACCAGAAUGUGCUCUUCUACUUUGAGGGCGAGCAGAGCGGCCGCCCAGCGGGCAUGUAUCUCCUGGAGGGCUGCAGCUGCGAGCGGGCACUCGCGCCGCCCAGGGCCGGGGCCGGGCCAGGCGGCGCCCGGGACGCGCUGGACAAGCAGUAUUACUUUACUGUUCUUUUUGGCCACGAGGGUCAGAAACCACUAGAGCUGCGCUGUGAGGAGGAGCAGGACGGUAAAGAGUGGAUGGAGGCCAUUCACCAAGCCAGUUAUGCAGACAUUUUGAUUGAGAGGGAAGUGUUAAUGCAGAAGUACAUUCAUCUAGUUCAGAUCGUAGAGACAGAAAAAAUUGCAGCUAACCAACUGCGGCAUCAACUUGAAGAUCAAGAUACAGAAAUCGAAAGGCUUAAAUCAGAGAUUGUCGCUCUUAAUAAAACCAAGGAACGAAUGAGACCUUACCAAAGCAAUCAAGAAGAUGAGGAUCCAGACAUCAAGAAGAUUAAAAAGGUUCAGAGCUUCAUGCGAGGAUGGUUAUGUAGAAGGAAAUGGAAGACCAUCGUGCAGGAUUACAUUUGUUCUCCUCACGCUGAAAGUAUGAGGAAGAGGAACCAGAUCGUGUUCACCAUGGUGGAGGCUGAGUCGGAGUACGUCCACCAGCUCUACGUCCUGGUCAAUGGCUUCCUCCGGCCCCUGCGGAUGGCCGCCAGCUCCAAGAAGCCCCCCAUCAGCCACGACGAUGUCAGCAGUAUUUUUCUCAACAGUGAAACAAUCAUGUUUCUUCAUGAAAUUUUUCAUCAAGGACUGAAGGCAAGGAUAGCGAAUUGGCCCACUUUAAUUUUAGCGGAUCUGUUUGAUAUCUUGCUCCCCAUGCUGAACAUUUAUCAAGAAUUUGUGCGUAAUCACCAGUACAGCCUCCAAGUGCUCGCCAAUUGUAAGCAAAACAGAGAUUUUGACAAACUCUUAAAACAGUACGAAGCCAACCCUGCCUGUGAGGGGAGGAUGCUGGAGACGUUCUUGACCUAUCCAAUGUUUCAGAUCCCCAGGUAUAUCAUCACGCUUCAUGAACUCCUAGCUCAUACUCCCCAUGAGCAUGUGGAGAGGAAAAGUCUGGAGUUUGCUAAAUCAAAACUAGAGGAACUAUCCAGGGUCAUGCACGAUGAAGUGAGCGACACUGAAAACAUAAGGAAGAACCUUGCCAUAGAAAGAAUGAUCGUAGAGGGCUGUGAUAUUUUGCUGGACACUAGCCAGACCUUCAUCCGCCAAGGUUCUCUUAUUCAAGUACCUUCUGUUGAGAGGGGGAAACUUAGUAAAGUUCGCCUGGGUUCAUUGUCUUUGAAAAAGGAAGGAGAAAGACAGUGCUUCUUAUUUACAAAACACUUUUUAAUUUGUACAAGAAGUUCAGGAGGAAAGCUGCAUCUGCUCAAGACAGGUGGAGUUCUCUCUCUAAUAGAAUGUACGUUGGUGGAGGAGCCCGAUGCCAGCGAUGAUGACUCCAAAGGUUCUGGGCAAGUGUUUGGACACCUGGAUUUUAAAAUAGUGGUGGAGCCUCCUGAUGCUGCCCCUUUCACUGUAGUCUUGUUAGCACCUUCACGCCAGGAGAAAGCUGCCUGGACCAGUGACAUAAGUCAGUGUGUGGACAACAUACGGUGUAAUGGUUUAAUGACUAUAGUGUUUGAAGAAAAUUCCAAAGUUACUGUGCCACAUAUGAUUAAGUCUGAUGCCCGUCUUCACAAGGACGACACCGACAUUUGCUUCAGCAAAACACUCAACUCCUGCAAAGUGCCCCAGAUCCGUUACGCCAGCGUGGAGCGCCUCCUGGAGCGGCUGACAGACCUGCGGUUUCUUAGUAUCGAUUUCCUCAACACCUUUCUGCACACCUAUCGGAUUUUCACGACGGCAGCCGUGGUUCUGGGGAAACUCUCCGACAUAUACAAGAGGCCCUUCACCUCCAUUCCCGUCAGGUCGUUGGAAUUGUUUUUUGCUACCAGCCAGAACAACAGAGGCGAACACUUGGUGGAUGGCAAAUCCCCACGCCUGUGUCGCAAAUUCUCCUCCCCACCACCGCUGGCUGUAUCCAGAACGUCCUCCCCAGUGAGGGCCAGAAAGCUGUCCUUGACUUCUCCCUUGAACUCAAGGAUAGGCGCAUUGGACCUGACCACCUCCUCAGCGUCCAGCAGUCCCACCACCACCCACAGCCCUGCUGCGUCCCCGCCGCCACACACUGGUAAAGUACCGUUGGAUCUUAGCAGAGGCCUUUCUUCUCCAGAACAAAGCCCGGGAUCUGUAGAAGAGCAUGUAGAUAACCCCCGAGUGGAUCUGUGUAACAAGCUAAAACGAAGUAUUCAAAGAGCAGUCCUAGAGUCUGCGCCCGUGGACCGCGCAGGAGUGGAAGGCUCCCCAGCGGCAGAUGCCACAGAACUUUCACCUUGCAGGUCGCCCUCGACCCCUCGGCACCUCCGCUACCGCCAGCCUGGAGGACAGACGGCUGACAACUCCCACUGCUCUGUUUCGCCUGCUUCUGCUUUUGCAAUUGCCACGGCUGCAGCAGGACACGGGAGUCCACCAGGAUUUAACAACACCGAGAGAACAUGCGACAAAGAGUUCAUUAUACGCAGAACAGCCACCAACCGAGUACUGAACGUCCUCCGUCACUGGGUCUCAAAGCACGCACAGGAUUUUGAACUCAACAACGAACUAAAGAUGAACGUCCUAAAUUUGCUAGAAGAAGUUUUGCGAGACCCCGACCUUCUUCCCCAAGAAAGGAAAGCCACGGCGAAUAUCCUGAGGGCCCUUUCACAAGAUGACCAAGAUGACAUCCACCUAAAACUAGAGGAUAUAAUUCAACUGGCGGACUGUCCGAAGGCUGAGUGCUUUGAGACCCUGUCAGCCAUGGAGUUGGCCGAGCAGAUCACCCUCCUGGACCACAUCGUUUUCAGAAGCAUUCCCUACGAAGAAUUUCUGGGGCAGGGGUGGAUGAAGCUGGAUAAAAAUGAAAGAACACCUUACAUUAUGAAAACCAGCCAACACUUCAAUGAUAUGAGUAACCUGGUGGCCUCCCAGAUAAUGAAUUACGCCGAUGUCAGCUCCCGAGCCAACGCGAUUGAGAAGUGGGUGGCGGUGGCGGACAUCUGCCGAUGCCUGCACAACUACAACGGCGUGCUGGAGAUCACCUCAGCCUUAAACAGAAGUGCCAUCUACCGGCUGAAGAAAACCUGGGCCAAGGUGUCCAAGCAGACAAAAGCUCUAAUGGACAAGCUUCAGAAGACUGUUUCAUCUGAAGGAAGAUUUAAAAAUCUCAGAGAAACCCUUAAAAAUUGUAACCCCCCUGCCGUUCCUUAUCUGGGGAUGUACCUGACAGACCUGGCAUUUAUUGAAGAAGGAACACCAAACUUUACCGAGGAAGGCCUUGUCAAUUUCUCCAAGAUGAGAAUGAUAUCACACAUCAUCAGAGAGAUACGCCAGUUCCAGCAGACUUCCUAUCGAAUAGACCAUCAACCAAAGGUCACUCAUUACUUGCUCGACAAAGCCCUCAUCAUAGAUGAAGAUACACUGUAUGAGCUGUCACUAAAAAUUGAACCUCGGCUCCCUGCAUGACGAUCCAGCCUUGCCCCGAGUCCGUGGAAUUUUCUUGGAAAGCAGAGCAGACAGAAUUGUGCAGGCCAUGCCUCCCACGGGGCAGGGAGUUCGGGGGGUGGGGGGAUGGGGACGAAGCCAGUCUCCUUUGUCCACCGAAGAUGACAACAAAACUGGAAUUCUGUCUCCAGCCAGGGAAGCCCAGCUGGCUGGGGUCAAAGACAGAUGCUGCAGGCUUGGGUGGGAAGGUGAAAGAGAUUGAUAUCUGGUAAAGCAGAGGGCUUAUUUGCACAAGGGAGUAUCAGCUGGGAGGUGCUGGUGGCCACUUUAAUGAAGCAGAUAAGAAGGUGAAUUUGAAACUAUGCCCCAUGUGCUGUGAGAACUCGGGGACAAGAGUCUGGGGAAAAGGCCUGUGAUGUUUUGCUGGCACUUUACUGGCCUGGUGCACCUCCCAGUCUUCUCCUAGGAUUUAACUGCUUCUGUUACAUUUCCUUUAUUCCAAGCUUCCAGAAGAGUGGAGGCUGCCUCGGCAGGGAUGGGCCGACACCAUAAGCAAUUUCAGUCCACAGCAUGUGCAUGAUUCUCAGUGCAUUAUAAAUGUUUGUGUUGGACGAAUGGCAUGUUCUGAAACUGUUCUUUCAGUCUUUAGGCAGCAGGACAGGAAAGACUUAUUGGAAGUCAAGUGGAUUUGCAAUGUAACGUUUCCGUAAUUAAAAACUCAGUAGCUGUGCCCCAGAGGAGUCCAACUAGUGGCCGUCUCGAGGUGGGGGAGCGGGUGAGGGGCUUCUUCCUGAGGCUGUGGCGCCCAGAAGCCAAUGCCGUUGGAGAGGCGGGUGCAGACUUUGCAAAAAGAUGCUCCUGCACCUCGUUGACAAAAAUGUGGAGUACGACAGAAGGUCACAAAGUGCUGCGGGAAGAGUGGGUCUCAGUGCUAAGUGAAAAAAUACACUCAAAGUCAUCUCUGCGCCUGGCUGUGCUAGUUUUCUCCCCACACCCCCGCCACUCUUGGUAACGUGGGAAUCUAUUCCGAUGUACACAGAGCACUUUUAGUCUCACUAUGAACAUUGGUUGUAUUUUUUUUUAAUUUAAGAAAUCUGUUUAGUGGGAUUUGCUUUUUAAAACCCACCUUUCUUUGUGCUACUGGUAGACAGUUCUUCCUCAGUCAUCGUUGUUUUUAAAUUUGGAGAUAUUUCUAAGUGGAAAUAUUCUAAGUGUUUGGGAAGUGGCCCAAACACUCAACAGCUCUUAGGUCAGGAAACCCAAUGCAUGGGUUAGUCCUCAUACCCGGGGUUGGAAAAGUGACCUUGCUUUUCCCAGGAUUGUUGGUUGUUGGAGAAAUAGGGCUAUCUCGUUUACCUCCCUCUUCUCUUCUCAGGGAGACCUUUGCGUUAAAAGAAGGAAGAAAAAAAUAUAGAGUUGUUAUCUGAGCCUGUUGCACCCGGCAUUAUCUCUUAGCGGCGUGAGGCGCAUUGAUGCUGACAAUGAGAAAAUUGAUCUGUUUGGCUGUUUUCCCUCUUUCUUUGCACUUUAAUUAUGUUGCUAGAGCUGACAGCUGACUAAUAAGUUAAACUUGCUGGCUUAGAAGACCCAGUGGAAUUGAUAAUGUACCAUAGAGGUGGAGAAUGUAUAUUUUUCCUGCAUGGUAAGGGCCAUCUCUGUACAUAAGUAUAUAGUAAAAUAUCAAGUAAAUAAGAGAAAAUAUUUAUAAUAUUUGAAGAACAUUCCAAAAAUAUUUUCAGUAGCUCAUAUUAGCCAACAGUGUAGCACUAAACCCAAGGAAGGUGACUUACGGAUGCUUUAUUUUUCUUAAAAAAAACAAAACUAGUUGCUUGUUUUUCUCUUUAGUUUCAAAUAAGAGGUUGAUGCAUCUUGAUGCAUGAUAAGAAGCAUGGGUUGUUUGGAUCCUAACAAUGCAUAACUUGCCAUUUAUUUCUCAGUGUUCAGAAACUAAGGAUUUGAACUAAUCUAUGUCAGUUGGACCAACCACCUCAAGGUCUUGAAGAAGAAAAGGAAAGUAAAGGUUAACUUACUUGGCUGAAAAAACACAAUUUUGGAAGGUGAACCAAAACCAGGACAAAUCAGUGAAAGACCAGUAGUUUCCGGCAGGACAACACAUGGAAAGGUCGAUGCAUCUGAUUCUGCUCUUGGAGUCCCCAAAGCCUUCCAGAGGGGAGGGUGUGGUUCUGUGGGUGCUGUCCCUGGAAAUUUGGACCCUUAAUUCUAUGACCCAAAUGAUCCAGUGGCACUUCAGACAUUCUUAUUAAAGAAAAAUAGGAACUAGAGGAAUUUCCAAAUGUUCCUCCGCUUUUGGUAUAAAGGUUUUCCUCAACUAGUGACAAAGCUGGCAAGCCUAUUUCCUGCAGGAUGUCGGAAGCGCCCCCCAGUGGUCAACUAUGGGCACUGUCAAUUGUCUAUGCGUUUUAUCGAGAGUCACACACCCCCUCCUUGUGCUUCCUAGAGUCUGAAGCCUAGUCUGAGCUGCAAGAGCGACAAUUCCACCUCCGAGGGAAUUGCUUUUGAUGACCUGCAUCAUUUCUGGGCCAGCUGGGAGAGGAAAGCACAUUUUAAAAAGCUCAAUUUGGUCACUUUUUAAAUACCUAAGAACAAUUUGUGGUUUCCUUUGAUUGUUUUAAGCCCCCAUCGACUUCAGCCUUACAAGUUUUGUGUGAUUGUCUGAGCGUGCACUCUUGGCUGUGUCUGCCUAUAUUCCAUUAUGUGAAACCCAUUUCUAUGAGUAGGUGGGAGGUCAGCCUCUAACAGCCAAGUAGGAAACCCUUAUAUUACUGCAAAAUUAACCUAGAAACUCAGAAGUAAAAUCCAAUUUCAUGCUUUCAGAUGAAUACCCACAUUUUGUACUGUCAAUGAAAUUAUCUUGGGGCUUUUAGGAUAUGCCUUUGGUUAUUAACUAAGACAUCCAGUUUUGCUACAGGAAUAAAUCUCUUACUUGAGCCCAUAUAUUAUGUGACAGAUUCAGGCAUGAAAUAGAAUGUUGUCACUUUUCCUUAGUGUUUCUCUGAAGGAAUUUAAAGAGGGAAUUUUAAACUACUGUGUUGCAGUAUUUUAAAGUCGCUGUCACACCAAGUCCCCAGUUACUGUUUGUUAAAUUUAAAUUCAUCUUAAAGUACCACUUAAACACAAAUAAAACUCAUAGAUACUGGAUAUCCUGGAAGAGAAAAAUCUAUUAUAUUCCAGGCUGGAGUGUGUGUGAUGACGCACCUGACCUUUUCUUUCCUCCUGGUGUUAUACAAGGCAAGACCUUGGGUUGGUGAUGAUUGGGCCACUUUUAAAUUCUUAACUAAAAAGAGUAAUGCAGUAGAGGGAUUGUUCCCAAUAAAAUUAACUUUUAUUUUAAAAUAAAGGAUUUUCUUUAGCUUUUCUUUUCAAAGUUUGAUUUUAUUCCCCCUGGCAGGGGUGGGGGGGCACCUUUCUCUUCACUUUAAACUGUAAGAUUUUUUUAAAAAAUCAACCUGUGAAGCUUAUCAUUUUUACUGCUAUUGAAAUUGUAUAAAAGAGAACAUAUUACUUACAGCUAAAGAAUAGAGCUAGGCUAAUGUCCACAGCCAGAAGGAAUAAAUGAAUAAGAUUCAUUUUCAUUUCAGUAAGACAACAGAUUGUAAGUUUAAAUGAUGACUUGAUUACAGACACCACUAUGUGAAUCCUGGUAAUAAGACUUGAGUCAGUGAAAUCUAACCAGAGUGUCAUAUCUCUGUGUCUGUCAGUGACUUAUAAUUAAGGCAGGGCAGAACUAAGGUAGAAAACAACCAUUUUGUUGUAGAUAUAAACACAUGAAUGAUUCAGAAAAUUAUUCAUCUGGCUACUAUACUGCAUGACAUAAACAUGAUUUGAUUGUACUGGAUCUCAUCUGCUCAAGAAAAAACAAUAGUUCUACUAAAUGAUGCUGAACCACUGCUUUUUGUACAACCAUUAAUAUUUCCCUGAAAAGGCAGUUGUGAAAGAGCACUGGUCUAAGCAUCCUAGUCUUGAGUUCUAGACCCAGAUCGACAUCGAAAGCUGGGAAACCUUAGGCCAGUGCUGAAACCUCUCUGAUCCUCAGUUUCCUCAUCUGUGAAAUGGAGUCAAUCCCAUGCUACCUACCUCACAGGGCUGUCAUGAGGACAAAAUGAUUUAGACUGUAAUCUGUAAAGUGCUGUCCAAACUUGAUUACCAUCCUCAUCUCUCUUUUGCAGAGGAUUUAAGUGUAUUUCGUUGUUAUUUCUGUGUAUGUGAGACGGACAAACCUAUGUGUUACUUUGAGAAGUAUAUUCUUUGUGUCCAGUUAGUUUGCAAAUUUGCUGACAUUUGUGACUCGGACAGAGGGGUUUGUGCUGUGGCCUAACACUUGCUGGGUGAGGUGUGGGUUAUGCCUAUAUGCAAAUUAAACUUUGCCUUUCUUG